GAAAUGUUAACGGUUUUAAGUAGAGCCGCGUUCGGUACUUCCAAAAUGUGUGGAAUUGAAUUGAACAUGAGUUUAAAUGAAAUAUGUGCGAGCAAAAGUGAUACUUGUCAUGUAGAUUUGUCCGCAUAGCGGCCAAAGAUAUUCAGCACGUCAAGUGACUUAAGGGUGGAAGGGAUUAUGUCGUGGCGAUAUAAUGGUAGAAGGGGGUAGAGCAUGUGAACGAUAUGGCUAGGCAGAUGGAGGGCGGCACAGGUAGAAAAGGUUGGAACAGAUGACAUAACCAGUGGAGUCAUCGCUGUCGCCGUUGUCGUCGGAAACGCUUUGAAUAGGGUUUUAGAUAUUUUUACUACUUUUUUUUUUACAUAAUCCAAUGCAUUGUUUAUGCGAAAUAUAUAAGUACGUUGUCGAAGUACUUCACCGUUAGCUGUGCGCGACUAACAAACUAUACAAGCGAUUUAAUCGCGAAUACAAAUUUGCGUAAAAAGUGUGCAAAGGAUUAGAUUAAACAUCACGAUGAUGAAAUUCAAGCAACAGGGCCUCGUGGCAGACUUAAUGCCCAACAUUCGAAUAAUGCAGUAUACUGGCCACUUUAUGUUCAAUUAUUAUAACGAUGCUGGCGGAUCCAUUAAGUUUAUUCAUAAGAUUUUCUGUUCCGUGCACUUGUUCCUGAUUCUGCUGCAAUUUGCUCUUUGUGGCGUCAAUCUGUUGUUCGAAAGUGGAGACGUCGACGACCUAACAGCAAACACAAUCACGAUGCUCUUCUUUACUCACAGUGUUGUGAAGCUAUUAUACUUUGCCGUUCGUAGUAAACUCUUCUACAGAACGUUAGGUAUCUGGAACAAUCCCAACACCCACCCAUUGUUCGCCGAAAGCAAUGCACGGUACCAUGCAAUAGCCUUGACAAAAAUGAGGAGGCUCCUUUUCUGCGUGGGUGCUGCUACUAUCCUAUCAGCCUUGGCGUGGACAGGAAUCACGUUUGUCGGGGAUUCUGUAAAGAAAAGUAUAGACCCAGUCACCAAUGAAACUGUAAUUGUCGAGAUCCCAAGGUUGAUGCUGCGAUCAUGGUACCCGUUCGACGCAAGUCAUGGUAUUGCACAUAUCAUGAUACUAAUUUAUCAGUUUUAUUGGUUGCUCUUCUCAUUGGCGGACGCGAACAGCCUGGACGUCUUGUUCUGUUCUUGGCUCUUGUUUGCCUGUGAACAACUUCAACACCUCAAGCAAAUUAUGAAACCGUUGAUGGAGCUCAGCGCUACUCUCGAUACCGUUGUUCCAAACAGCAGUGAACUUUUUAAAGCUGGAAGCGCGGAUCAUCUAAGAGAAAAUCAAGGCAGUGAACUUUCGGCACCACCUCCAACGAGCGAUAAUAUGUUAGACUUGGAUCUUAGAGGAAUCUAUAGCAAUAGACAAGAUUUUACCGCCACGUUCAGGCCAACUGCUGGAAUGACGUUCAAUGGUGGAGUUGGUCCAAAUGGCUUGACCAAGAAACAAGAGAUGCUGGUCAGAAGUGCUAUAAAAUAUUGGGUUGAAAGGCAUAAACACGUCGUCAGGCUGGUCACUGCGAUUGGUGAUGCUUACGGUGUUGCACUUUUGUUGCACAUGCUGACGACUACAAUUACUUUGACGUUGCUCGCUUACCAGGCGACUAAGGUAAAUAGCGUGGACGUAUAUGCUGCAACUGUGAUUGGCUACUUGCUGUAUACCCUGGGCCAAGUAUUCUUAUUCUGCAUUUUCGGAAACCGCCUGAUCGAAGAGAGUUCGUCUGUAAUGGAAGCAGCCUACUCUUGCCAUUGGUACGAUGGGUCGGAAGAGGCGAAAACUUUUGUACAAAUCGUGUGUCAGCAGUGUCAAAAGGCAAUGUCAAUUUCAGGGGCAAAGUUUUUCACCGUUUCUUUGGACCUCUUCGCUUCGGUCCUCGGAGCCGUAGUGACAUACUUUAUGGUAUUGGUGCAGCUGAAAUAAAGUGAGCUUACGAGAAUUGCAAUUCACAUCAUUGUGGUAAAAGAAAAUUUCUCAACACGAAGUUCACCGUAUGUCAACGGUGUUGUAUCUCUAAAAACUUCGUUAUAUUGACUUUUCCUGAGGAUCGAUGUUCCUGCAGUGAUCAAAUUUCGCUGUACAAUAAAUAUCUUUACGUCGUAAAGUGCAAUGUACAGUGAGUACGUGAAGGUUGUACAAUGUUUGUAGACAGUAAUUUAAUUAUAUGUAAUUAUCAUACAUUUUACGUAAUUUUUACAAGGAUAACUGAUCGUUGUUUUGAAAUCGAAAGUAAUAUUCUCUUCAAGGACUCUAACUUUCUCUUACCAAAGAAAGUUCAUCAGUCUAAUGGUCAUCUGUCAAAGUUGUGAACACCUUUGUUGUAAGGCGAAUAACAGUAAAUGUUUCAGUCGAACCGAGAUACGUAUAUUUAGAAUUUUUGUUGUUAUUAUUCAGAGACAUUGAAAAUAUAAUGUCUCUUUCAUUAUAUCGGAAAAUAUUCUUUGUUUUGGCGUAACAGGUAUAAGCUAAAUAUAAGGCCUAAUAGAGGGGAAUCAUCAAAAACUAAUUUCAAUUUGUUCAUUCAAUAGCAACGAUUUAAUCAGAGUUUAUAAUCAUGGGAAAAAAAGUGAUUAUGUGCAUAUGGUACCUCGUUAGGUCAAAUAAUUCUUUAAUCUAAAAUGAAAGGUCAAAUGUUGAAAAUCUAUUCACUGAUUAAUUUUAAAUGCAAUUUGUUCUCCAUUACCUAAUAAAAAUUUGUCUGUAAGUUACAUAUUUCCAUUUUGGGCAUAAGUGAGUGUAUGAGAGUAUUUAAAAAGACAUAAAAUGUGUAUGUACAUAUAAGCAGAAAAGUACUAACGAAGGCUACUGGUUAUCCAAAUAAUUUAAUAAAAUUUUAUACUCGAACAAUCCAAGUGUUUAAAGAAAGAGUUACAUUACUUAAAAUUUGAACGUAAAAACAUAAUUUCAGGACAAAGAUUUUAAUUUUUGUAACUUAAUCUAAUUUAAAAAUUAAAAUACAUUAAAGAGAUUCAAAGCUCCGCUUUCGAGUUGAAAACGCUAUUCCAAUGUUAACUACUUUUUCGUUUUCCAUCUGUUUCCGAAUCACUUUUCAUGUGCAUUAUAGAAGACGACAUCUGACCUUCCAUGUCACAUUGUACCGUUUAAAGUAUAUUGCUUCGUUAUAAGUAUAAACUUCAACAAAAUGUUUUUUUUUUUGACGAAAGAUAUAGUUUUAAUCGCCGUUUACAUUCUACACUGAAUGAAGAGCAGAAUACCAUUGUCAGUCGUGUAUAUCUAGUAGUUAAGAUUACUCUGUAAUAUCACGUGAAUGUAUACAUACAGGGGAAAUGAAACGCUGACCUCACUAAAUAGAAAGAUCAAUGAACCUAUAGUACAGAUCGAGCUAUAUAGUGUUUCCUGAUGGAAGAGGACAAAUUCGUUGUUUCUACGAAAUGUGAUUUUUAUGCAUGGGCAGUAAUGAAUUAACUCUGUUGUAUUAUUUAAGUUAUUGUAUUACUUUCUUACAUUUAAUAACUACAUCAGAAAACAAGUACAUUAGUAAUUUUUCACUUAGAUGUUUUAAAUAUAAGACAAUUGUUUGCGGCUUAUAAUAAUUUAAAAAGAGACAUGUCUAGAAAAAAAUCGAAUAAAGAACCAUUAAGCGGACGGAAGACAGUACGUUUUUAUUCAUUAAAAAUUUAGAAAAAUAAAUAUAUGAAGGCCUAAACUGAUUACUCCGAUGUGACUGAAGGAAAUAUAAUAUUGAACAAGAUGUUCUUUUAAGAUGCGCCUUACAAAAGUAUAAAAGAUUUCAUAAACAUAAAAUUGAUGUACCAUCGUACUUAUGAAUUUUUUGUUCGGCCUUUAUAUUUUCUCAUCUCAAAUAAAAAGUCUUAAAUUUGAAGGAAAUAAUUCGAAGGGACAAAGACAAAAUGAUCGGACGUCCAUGGGCGGGCCUAUUCCAAGAAUCAUGGGCGAGGAAACGCGAGCAUUGUUUAGAUGUGAUCAUUGCCUAAAUAAUUAAUACGGCUAGACCAAGACUGUCCCUACGAACGGUGGACGGUACGACACUUGGUCGAGGAUCGUAGAACAGAACAGUUGGAUCCAUUUUAUAUGUCUCCUUGAGGAUUAUACAGAUGGUUUUGAACAAUAAGUCAAUUAAUAUUCGGUAAAAUCUACAAAAAUAUAGACUCGUUAACAGUAACUCGUUUCGGUAAUUUCACCUCCUACAAAUUAUAUGUUCCUAAUACCGCCACCUCUUUCGCAUAAAUAUCCAUUUGUACCAAAAUUUUAGAAAAGUGAAUUCGAGGAAUACGUUAGAUAUUGUCUGAUAUUAUAUUUGAAGAUAUAUCUCCGCAUCUUUAAUCACCACGAAAGUUAUUGCCAAUGAUCAUUUAUUUAGUCAAUUGACUCCAGUAACAUAAAAUUAGCACCACACAAUCUAAUUUAUUUGAAGCUUUGAAUUAAACGUCUAAUCUUUUAACCCUGUGGGUAAGUGCACUGAUGCUUCAAGUUCGUGUAUAUGAAAUGAUUCAUGCUUUUAUGAAGUUCUACAAACAUAAAAGAUAUUUUCAUCAGUAAAGUGUUUUUUUUUUACAGAGAAGUAAAAAUCAAUCUUCUACGUUUUCACUUUGACUAUAGUAGCACUGACAGGAUACGUUGACAUUACCUUUCAGCUUCAAAACUGAAUUACUUCCUUCAUUUACAGGGAAUUUCUUUUUAUAUAAGUAAUAUAUACAAUCUUCAAAAAAUCAGAUAUAAUAAAGACCAUUUAUCAGUUGUAUAGUAACUCGGAUGCAUGUAUUACAAACUUGUCUCACUGACAUAAACUCAUCUGUUUCAAUUGGAGGAACUUUUAAUUCAAACAAAUGUAGUGGUAAUUCUUAAUGUAUCUGUAUAAUAAAUAAUAUAUGUAAAGGGAGAGAUGGAGGGAGAUAUGACGAGAGAGGGAACCAGGAGGUUCAAAGGCGUUCCGUUGAGAAGAAGAAAGUCGGCUGCCACGGUAAUAGGCCCGUGAUCAAAUUUUGAGGAAGAUCGUGGACGCACGAUUUGGCCAGUGGUUGCCACAUUCCUCUCAUGAGGCCUGGCCAAGUAUUGGCCAUUGGAUUUUAAUUGGCGGACCAUUGAAAAGGCGGC